CUAUCUCCCUCGCCUAGGACCUCCCUUUCCUUCCUCUCCUACCAAUAAAUAACACAAGAACACCCCCAUGUGAUGUUUCUAUUAAGAGGUUCCGCCACCAUAUUUCUCAACUUUCCUUCUUUCUUUUCUUUUUUUAUAGUAGUAUAGCUACUCCGUACUUGUACUAAUACCAACAUGAGAUAUUUCAGAAUUUGAUGCAAAUAACAUUAUAUAUAUUGCUAGUACUUUGUUGUCAGCUCUUUUGUGGUAGUAACUUUUACUCCUAUAUUUUAUGCUUUCUUGAUACUACUAAGUGACAUUUCAAGAAUUCCGUACUUUGUGUUCACGGUUACCCCUACAACAACAACAAAGUACUUUCUAUUUUAAUCUACCGGAGAUGCCAACGCCAGUUACUAGUGCCAAGCAAUGCUUGACACAAGAAGCAGCCAUAACCCUCGACGAUGCUGUGGCUGUGGCAGCUCGUCGCGGCCACACUCAAACUACAUCUCUUCAUUUCAUAUCUUCCUUAUUAUCUCUUCCUUCUUCAUGUUUACGUGAGGCGUGUUCGCGUACACGUAACAAUGCGUACUCUGUACGCGUCCAAUUCAAAGCUCUAGAAAUUUGUUUAGGGGUGUCAAUGGACCGGUUGCCUUCGUCGCCUAACAAGAUCGACGAUCCACCUGUGUCGAAUUCUCUCAUGGCUGCCAUAAAGCGAUCUCAAGCGAAUCAGAGACGACAACCGGAGAAUUUCAGUUUUUAUCAGCAACUGCAACAGCAGAAUCAGUCAGCUUCUUGUUCUUCAGUUCCAGUAGUCAAAGUUGAGCUGCGGAAUCUCAUAAUUUCUGUACUUGAUGAUCCUGUUGUGAGCAGAGUAUUUGGUGAAGCUGGUUUUAGAAGUUGUGAUAUUAAGCUUGCUCUUCUCAGGCCUGUUCAUCAACUCUUCAGAUAUUCAAGAUUCAGAGCACCACCUAUGUUUCUGUGUAAUUUAAGCAGUCAAACUGAUUCGUAUAACCAUAGUUUUAGCUUCCCUUUCUUGGGUUUUAGUAGCGGAGAAGAUGAUUGCAGGAGAAUUGGGGAGGUUUUUAUCAAGAAUAGAGGAAGAAAUCCACUGCUUCUUGGUACUUUUGCACAUGGUGCUAUGAAUAGUUUCUUGGAAAUGGUAGAGAUGGAAAAAGGAGGAGGAAUUCUUCCCCUUGAAGUAUGUGGAUUGAGUGUGAUUUCUAUUGAGAAUGAGAUAUUAAGGUUUGUUACAGGGGAAUGUAAUGAGGAAUUAGUGAAGUUGAAGUUUGAGGAGAUUGGAACUAUAGUGAUGCAUAGUAUAGGGUCUGGUCUUGUUGUCAAUUAUGGAGAUUUACAAAUUUUAGCAAGAGAUGAUUCUUCUAUUGAUUCUUGCAGGUAUAUAGUUAGCAAAUUGACAAGUUUAUUAGAGAUUUAUCAUGGGAAAUUAUGGUUGAUUGGGUGGGUGGAGAGGUAUGAGAUAUAUUUGAAAAUUUUGAAUAGAUUUCCUUGCAUAGAGAAAGAUUGGGACUUGCAAAUUUUGACAAUCACUUCUUCAGGACCUCCUAAGGAGGAAUCAUUUCCCAGCUUGAUGGAAUCAUUUGUGCCGUUUGGAGGAUUGUUUUCAGCGCCAGCUGCUGAUCAUGAUAUUAAAAGCUGCUCAUACCAGAGUGCAUCCCGCUGUCACCUCUGCAAUGAGAAAUGCAAACAAGAGAUAAACACACUCUCAAACACUGGAUUUAGCAGUGUUUCAGUUGCACAUCACUGCCAAUCAAGUCUGCCUUCUUGGUUGCAAAUGACUGAUCAACUCCGCUCUAAUGGAGGACUGGAUGCUAUCAAGGUCUGUGUUUCUCUCAAUUCUACUAGUCAACUUCUCUAUUUUUCUAGUACUAGCAUAAUAUUAGACAAAGAUGGCUCUAAGGUGGGUUCUAUGGUUUCAACUACACUCAUUACUUUAUGUAUACAUAUGCAACAAGAAAUUUAAAAUGUAUGCAUAAAAUAAGACCACACUUUUUUAUUAUAUGAAGAAAAAUUCACCUAAAUAGUCGCUAAC